UGUCAUCCGAAAUAACUUUCAGAAGUUAUACAAUUUCAUUUCGUAUACUAGAUACUAAAAUAAUAAAAUAGAAGAUUUAACUAAAAUGUCUGCCGAAAAAGAAAAGUUCGACAGUAUUCUACUGACUUUGGCCACAAAGCAUCCUGGAGGCGUGCCUGAGUUCCUAAAUACAUUCGCCAGCUUUUUGCGUCGCAAAACAGAUUUCUACACUGGAGCUAAUCCGACGGAAUGGGAAAAGCUUCUACUUGAUGUCUUUCGCAAGGAGUCCCAACUGGCUCUGGCCAAUCAUGAAGCUGUGCACCAUAUCAAGAAGGAGGCGCGUCAAAAGGAAAUGAACGAGAGCAAAAUUUGUGAUAUUACCGAUGAGGAAGCCGCUGCCAUUAUUAAAGAAGAACAGCAUAAGAAAUGUCCAAAUGCUGCCUCUGCUGGCGGAGACUUAUCAAGCCGUGAAGAUAUUUCCAAGCCCAUAGAAAAAGUAGAAGAUGAAACCGAAAAGAGUGAACUGGGUAAAUUGCUACCAAAUGCUGGUAAUGGUUGCACUCUCGACAAAUAUAUGUGGACACAGACUCUGCAGGAGGUGGAGCUCAAGAUUCCUUUCAACGUGACAUUCGCAUUGCGGACCCGAGAUCUUGUGAUCAAUAUUGGUAAGAAAACUUUGCAAGUGGGCCUUAAAGGCCAAGAGCCCAUCAUCGAUGGUGAGUUGUGUGGCCAAGUAAAGCAAGAUGAGUCUGUUUGGGUCUUGCAAGAUAGCAAAACGGUUAUGAUUACAUUGGAGAAGAUUAACAAAAUGAAAUGGUGGAGUUGUCUGGUGACCACAGAUCCAGAAAUAUCCACACGCAAAAUCAUUCCAGAGUCAUCGAAACUCUCCGAACUGGAUGGUGAGACACGCCGCGUGGUUGAAAAGAUGAUGUUUGAUCAGCGUCAAAAGGAAAUGGGUCUGCCCACCAGUGAGGAUCGCAAGAAACAGGAUUUACUUGAGAAAUUUAAGCAACAGCAUCCCGAAAUGGACUUCUCCAAAUGUAAAUUCAAUUAACAACCCUCACUUUCUGGAAUAAGCAUUCGCAUGCUGAGCUUUAAAGGAUUUGUUCGGAUUAUAUUAAAUAGCAUAAACAUCUUUAUUUUCGUAUAAACAUUUUAAGCACCGAAAUAUGGGAUAUCUGUUGUGAAAUUUUUAACUGUAAUUAUAAUUCAACCUAGUACGUAAUAACAAAACAGAUCAAAGGA